AUGGAGGAAGAAGUUGCUGCCCUCGUCAUCGACAAUGGUUCCGGUAUGUGCAAGGCCGGUUUCGCCGGUGAUGACGCUCCCCGAGCUGUUUUCCCUAUACGCUUUGGGGUGAUUGGGCGUGCGCGCGCGCCACCGCACGUUUUGCUUCACAAUGACAGUUUUGCUAACAGCGCCAAACAGCCUCCAUUGUCGGAAGACCCCGUCACCAUGGGUAAGUUGUUUGAAUCCGAGCUCGCUUGUCGGCUGUUCCAUUUUCGUAUCAUGAUCGGUAUGGGCCAGAAGGACUCCUACGUCGGUGAUGAGGCUCAGUCCAAGCGUGGUAUCUUGACACUGAGAUACCCCAUCGAGCACGGUGUUGUCACCAACUGGGACGACAUGGAGAAGAUCUGGCACCACACCUUCUACAAUGAGCUGCGUGUUGCCCCCGAGGAGCACCCCGUCCUGCUCACCGAGGCCCCCAUCAACCCCAAGUCCAACCGUGAGAAGAUGACCCAGAUCGUCUUCGAGACCUUCAACGCCCCCGCCUUCUAUGUCUCCAUCCAGGCCGUUCUGUCCCUGUACGCUUCCGGUCGUACCACCGGUAUCGUGCUCGACUCCGGUGACGGUGUUACCCACGUUGUCCCCAUCUACGAGGGUUUCGCUCUUCCCCACGCCAUUGCUCGUGUUGACAUGGCUGGUCGUGAUCUUACCGACUACCUGAUGAAGAUUCUUGCUGAGCGUGGUUACACCUUCUCCACCACCGCCGAGCGAGAAAUCGUUCGUGACAUCAAGGAGAAGCUCUGCUACGUUGCCCUCGAUUUCGAGCAGGAGAUCCAGACUGCUGCCCAGAGCUCCAGCUUGGAGAAGUCCUACGAGCUUCCCGACGGUCAGGUCAUCACCAUCGGCAACGAGCGAUUCCGUGCUCCUGAGGCUCUGUUCCAGCCUUCUGUCCUUGGUCUUGAGAGCGGCGGUAUCCACGUUACCACCUUCAACUCCAUCAUGAAGUGCGAUGUCGAUGUCCGAAAGGACCUCUACGGCAACAUUGUCAUGUCUGGUGGUACCACCAUGUACCCCGGUCUCUCCGACCGUAUGCAGAAGGAGAUUACUGCUCUUGCUCCUUCUACCAUGAAGGUCAAGAUCAUUGCCCCUCCCGAGCGAAAGUACUCUGUCUGGAUCGGAGGUUCCAUUCUGGCUUCCCUGUCCACCUUCCAGCAGAUGUGGAUCUCCAAGCAGGAGUACGACGAGAGCGGUCCCUCCAUCGUCCACCGCAAGUGCUUCUAA